GGUCCUUCACUGACUGAGAUGGCUGACGGAAGGGCUGACCAGAGGCUGAAUAAGGAAUUAAACUUCUCCUUUUGUGAAGAAGACACUGAGAAGGGAGCCCAGAAGACAGCAGGCGGAGGCGCUGCAGAGGCCCAGAGCCAAAAGUCUGAGAGGGAUAGGGAUGAGGAGCCGGAAGGUCCCAAGUCUCCCCCCAGAGAUGAACUUUAUCCUUCUCAGAACAGGGAAAAGGAAAGUCCAGGGCCUUCUCUUUGGAUUCCAGUUUCAUCCCUUCCAAAAUGUCCGGAGACACCAAAACCACACAGCAAGGACAGGAUGCCAGUGAAUGACAACCUCUCCACUCCCAAAAAUUCAAUGAAGCAGCCAGAGGUGUCUUCCGUAGGGAAGCUUUCUUCCCGAAGCUCUAAACAUUUGGGGCUCACACCUACCCCUUUCAUGGAUGAGAAGACAUCCUUGUCUCUGGUUAAUAUCAACCCAUUCACUCCAGAGUCCUAUAGAAAACUAUUCCUUCAAUCAAGCGGCAAGAGAAAAACCAGAGGCUCUACCGAGGAAACUGGAGAAGGGGAAAGCACAUCAGAACAGUGGCUGCCUGUGAAGAGAAGUGUUCUUCGAGAAACUAAUAUGGCUUCCCGCUAUGAAAAAGAGUUCCUGGAGGUAGAAAAAAUUGGGGUUGGGGAAUUUGGUGUAGUCUACAAGUGCAUUAAGAGGCUGGAUGGAUGCAUUUAUGCAGUAAAGCAUUCUACAAAACCAUUCUCAGGACUAUCAAAUGAUGUGGAUUUGCAUGAAGUUUUUGCUCAUGCAGUGCUUGGCCAUCACCCCCAUGUGGUACGCUACUAUUCUUCCUGGGCAGAAGACGAUCAUGUGGUCAUUCAGAAUGAGUACUGUAACGGUGGGAGCUUGCAAGCUGCUAUAUCUGAAAACUCGGUAUCUGGUAAUCACUUCCCCGAGCCUACACUCAAAGACAUCCUCCUACAGAUUUCCUUGGGACUUAAGUACAUCCACAACUUUGGCAUGGUACAUAUGGACAUCAAACCCAGUAACAUCUUCAUCUGUCGUAAGAUGCAGAGUGACUCUGCUGUGUGCUCGGAAGAGGCUGAAAGUGAGGAUGACUGGUUUCUCUCUGCCAGUGUGACGUAUAAAAUUGGUGACCUGGGCCAUGUGACAUCUAUCAACAAUCCGAAAGUGGAAGAAGGAGAUAUUCGCUUCCUGGCUAAGGAGAUCUUGCAAGAGAAUUAUCAACAUCUUCCCAAAGCAGACAUAUUUGCCUUGGGGUUAACAAUGGCAAUGGCUGCAGGAGCAGAGUCGUUACCCAUCAAUGGUGACAGAUGGCAUCAUAUCCGUGAGGGGAACUUUCCAGACAUUCUCCAGGAGCUCUCUGAUGACUUUUAUGGUCUACUCAAGAGCAUGAUCCACCCUGAUCCACAGAAGAGGCCUUCCGCAGCAGCUCUGGCCAGAAGUCGAAUUAUUCGGCCCUUCCUGGAGAAGACAGAUGAACUCCAGGAGCAACUGAACUUGGAGAAGUCCAAGACAGCCACUCUGGAAAGGGACCUGAUGAAAGCUAAGCAAAUCCAGAUCCCUCAGAGAGACACCUACCAUAGUGAUCCUGGGACCCCUGAGGCCUUUGAAGACUCAAACACAUGACACCUGGUGGGAGGAAUGAGUGAAGCGUCCUAAGG